CGGCGGUCGCGUCGCGUCGUGUCGCCUGCGACAACCGCGCGCUCUCACCAUGGCGACGCUGGGGACGCUCAAAAGGGGCAGCGUGCAGAUCCAGAGGGCCGCCAUCAAGGCCACAGGCCGGAUCGCGGCGCGCCACCUGAUGGAGUGGCUGGUGGCGUGGGCGGUGGUGCUGGCGGGCGUGCUGGAGCACAGCGCCACCUCGCAGCUGCUGGCGCCUCGGCCGCCGCUCUCCCCCGAGGAGUUCGCGGAGCUGGUGGCCAACACGAGCUACGUCAGCCGCUACUGCCGAGCCACACCCACCGCAGCCGCCGCCGACAACUUCACGACAGACCUGCCGCCCGAUAAUGACACAGAGGUGACCACGCUGCCCACGAUGAGCACAUUACCGACCGCAUCGUCGGAGGAGACGGAGUCGGAGCCAGAGUACGAGGAGGACGCGGAGGCGGUGGUAGGGGCGGAGGUGGGGGCGGAGGAGCCGCUGCUGGCGUCCCUGACCGCCGUGGCGUCCUCUGUCGGCGUCCGCACCUUCCGCGGCGUCGGCACCAACCACAGCGGCGUCGCCAUCGGGGCGGUGCACGGCCGCCAUGUUGUCAUAGAGCCGGACCUCAAGGACCUGAUCGUGGAUGAAAAAGGUUUCAACAAAUCUACUGUUGCUCAGAAGUGUAUCUUCUGCUGCGUAGACACAGUGUAUCAAAGUUCAAAACCUGUGUUUUAUUCCACAACCAUAUCAAGUGAAGAAGCCAUGCUGAUUGCCAGUGUCUAA